AUGGGACUAAACAGGGCCGGCUCGGAGCAGGAGAAAGAACGAGAUGCAUGGGGCGAGUCUCUGCUGUCCCUCCCGAAGCGCUGGCUCAGCACCCAGGUAUACGGGUCAGACGACGAGGACUAUCAGAAUGUCCAGCUACCCAAGUUGCCAGUCCCAGAGCUGGAGACGACGAUGGAGUCGUACUUGGAGUUUGCUUCAGUGGUGGUUAGCCAGCAGGCACUGGAGCACUCGCGGGGACUGGUACGAGGCUUCAUGGAGGAGCUGGGCCCACGACUACAGGAGACACUCACCGAUAGACAGAAGGAGAUGGACAACUGGUGUACCCAUGACGCUCCUAUACCAUUUAAUGCGUCAAACGACGUACAUAAUAAGACUAACCUAUUGCAACAUUACAGAAAUACGAUAACAAAAAUUAAAAAGCUGGUGAAACUUUACGAGAUAAAAUUAAACGAUACUAAAGAUUUAGAUAUUCUUGUUGGUCCAUAUAAAGAUAGUAGAAACGCUUUUAAUAAAGAAUCGACAACAGAAGAUCGCACUGAUAAGGAAGAUCGCUCCAGUCACAAAGAAAGCAAUAGUAACAAGUUAGUAUUGAAUUCUAAUGAUACUACACAGUUGGUGGAAGUAACAAAGGCCAUUGUAUUGCUAAGUGAUUUUGUUUCUAAACAAACCACACAACAUUACCUGCAAACUGUUGCAGUUAAUCAAACUAACAUUGAUAAGGUGAAUACAGCGCAACCAUUAACUAGUAAUGAGCUUAAAAAUGCAGGUUUAGUACAGUCAAAUGGUACAUACAUAUUUAAAGAAGUUAACCAAGAAUCAACGGGUUUAUAUAAUACAAAAGAUAAAUAUCCAACUACAUCAACAAACCCAUCUCCUAAUCAUAAACCCCGAAACAUUACAAACAAUGAUACGAUGUUCUCAACCGAUGCUGUAAAAGUCACGCCUUUUUUUAAGCCAAAUCGAACAAGUAACAGCAAAGAUUUGCUUGAGACUGUAGAUGCCACUGUUGCAAUGAUUGUGAAAAAACAAGAACCAACGAUCGCUUCCAACUUAGAAGGAACAACAGCUUUCAAAAACACAAAUAAGGAUUCAACAUUAAAAGUCGCAGAGGCAAUUGAUAACAACAAAUCUGCAUCUUUAGAUUUCGCAGAAACUAAGUCAUUAAGCAAUACAUUAAAUUAUUCAGUUACGCCUAUAACCACUCAUUACGAUGAAAAUGUUGUCUCGGCACAAAUAAACAACCAGAGUUCAAUAUACUCUAACACUGAUAUUACAACAUAUCCUAAUAUACUAAAUAAUCAAAUUUAUGAAGCUGAAACUACGACCUAUGACAAUUCAUCCCCUUUAAUAGGCAUUCAUGCAGAUUCUACAAUCGAUGAUGUUAAUAAAGAGACACUGCUUACGGACAUAACUCCUUUAUUUGCCUACUAUGAAAUGACGAAUACUUCAACACCACUCUCAAUGUAUGCUAAUGAUGAACUAGAAAGCGUCAUACUUGGAAAUAUGACCACACCUGAACUUAUUAGUGAUGAUAAAGCAAUAAAUUCUACAAAACCGUUAAGUAAAACAGAUAAUUUACACUCUUUCGAUGUUGAUGCAGUGGACAAAAGAACCUUUACGUAUACUGUUGAAAAAAUAUCAGAACAUACUAGUGAUUAUGAAAUGGAUACUACAUCUCAAAUUCCAACUGAUUUAAUCAAUACAAAAUCUUCUGUUAAUUAUAUAGAAGACGUAACACUAGGUAAAAUAGUUAACAAAACCACUGUACUGGACAACGAUAGUAAUCUAUCUCCAGCGGAAUUAAACAGUACUGAAUCUUAUAAGAUUGUUAUAGAUAGCACAAUUCAACAUGAAAAUGAAUAUGAAACUAUGGGUUUAUCAUCGCCGAUACAAGACGCUAUCACCUCAGAACCUCCUAUUAUGGUUAUUGAGGAUACAACUUUUUCCCAUCCAUUUAAUUUAACAAGUGCGCAUGAACAUGGGAGUUAUGAUAAAAUUAUGAAUUUAACACUACCCGAAACCAAUACAAAAAAUACAGAAGUUUCUGUAAGUGAUGUUACCAGAAAUAAAAUACCUGCAAUAACAACUGAAGGUAGUGCUGAUAAAACUACAAAUGUUACCUCGCAGCCUUCGAUUAACUUCACUGCUAAAGAGUUUUCUACAGAUGAUGAUAAAGACACAACAAUAUUAUCUGAAACAUUUAUUACUACACAGACAAUUGAACAUGUCAGUGAUGGUGAGGCUACGACAACACCUACGAAUGAUUUAACUAUUAUAAAUUCACCUGUUGUUGACAAUACAGAUAAAACAACACAUGAAGAUGUAUUUAAUUUUAUUACACCAAGUAAUGACGAAAUUAUGGAUUUCGCGUUGCCUUUCAAUACAGAUGUAUAUUUUACACCUGAUUCGUUCGUACAAAAUGAUGACUUAGUUGACAAAGAUCUAAUGUUAGACAGAAAUAAUUAUACGGAUGAUACAGAUAUUGAAAAUAUUACUGAAAACAUUAAUACGCUCUGGGUGCUACCAAAUGAAACACAACCCGUAAUUGGUUAUUCAACCUCUAAGACAACAAACUUCACUGAUGGAGCCACAUCUUAUGAAUAUAAACCUAAUAUUACAAACACUUCACCAAAAGUGAUUGUAUCGUUUGAAGCCAAUAAAAAUCCUAAAAUGGACAUUGAAAUAGAAGAAAAAACUGUUCUUAAUCCUGAAAAUAAUACCGAAAUUCAUCCGACGUCUAUAGCGUUGAAUACAAAUAUUGGUAAAGAAGAAAAGGAAACAAUACCAAUAUAUUCUAAUUAUGUCAUGGCAACAAAGGAUACCACUGAUUUUGAUUAUGCUACACCGAAUAAACCAUCUACAGUCAGUACUAUUAAUGAUGUACUAAUAAAGCACGAAACAGUAACUUUAGAUACAAAAGUUACUGAUACUCAUUUUAAAAAUACUGAUAUGGGGUUAAUAUCCACUGAAUUAGUACCGACGACCUCCGAUGACAAUAAAUCAACUUUUGAUAAAAAAGAAAUCAAUGAAACACGUGAUAAAGUUAUGGUAACAUCAACCAGAAACAUACAAGAAUUUAAUAAAAAUAUUACUGAAAAUGAUAAUAGUUAUAUCAAAACUGUUAAUUAUGCUAUUGAAGACCAAACAGAUAGAGCCCAGAUAAGUGCAGUUACUGAGAACAACGUAUUGGAAAUUGGUAACCAAAAUAUUAAAACAAAUCAUUUAGAAACCCCUCUGACUACUGAAGAGUUUAUUGUACAAUAUACAAAUUCUACCCAAUCAUCGGAAAAUAACAAAGGAAUAGUGAAGAAUAAUACCAGCCAUACCACAUCUGAUGUACCUGAUUUAUUGGUUGCAUCUAGUCUAGGUAAUACAGAUGAUACAACCAACAUAAAAAAUGUUGUUACUAAGAGCCAACCAGAUAAAAACCAGAUAAGUGCAGUUACUGAGAACAACUUAUUGGAAAUUGGUAACCAAAAUAUAACAAUAAAUCAUUCAGAAACCCCUCUGACUACUGAAGAGCUUGUUACACAUUAUGUUACCUUAUUAUCAGACAAUGACAUAAGAAUAAUAAAAAAUAAUAACAGCCCUACGAUGUCUAGCGUACCUAAUUUAUUGGUUACGACUAGUCUAGAUAACACAAAUAAUAUAGCCAACUCUAAAAUUACAAGUUUUAACUUUAGAGUUCCUAGUACUAAAUCAAUAGCACAAGAGGAAAAUAUAUUCGGGUCUUCUUCACCAACUUUGAAAAAUGAAGACAAUUUCGAUAUUCAUAGUAGUGAGAUUAAAGAGACAACUUUCCUAGAUAUAAUGACUGAAACCAAAACAGACCUAACCGAAGCAGUUGAGACAAGUACCAUAUCUCCCAUACAAAAAAUAACUACAGAAACUGAAAUCAUUCAAGAUGCUGUCGAUACGGAAAAUAUUAACCAACUGCAGUUCAUACAGGAUUCUGUAGAUUUCACAACUCAAGAAAAUAUAACAAGCUUAAACUUUAAUACAACCAAUUUACAAAAAUCAACUAAAAGUUUAUUGUUCGAUAAUUUUAUGGAAACAAGUGAAAACAACUUUGAACUAAAAAGACAAGAUGUAAAAGAAAUCACUACGUCGCAAUAUAUUUUAAAAUCGAAUGAGACACGUGAUUUAAACGUUACCCAAGCGGUACCAUUUACAAAGGAUACUACAAACUUUAUCGAAGCUGACAUUUCUGAAGAAAUCUCGACUACAAAAAGAUCUUUGGAAAUCAACAACCUCUCAACCACACAAUUUCUGACAAAUAAGACGGCUAGAGAUAUAUCACGGGAAUAUGAAUCAGAACUUUUAGAAUCUGGAAAAUUAUCGACAAAAUUGAUGAGUAUAGACUCAGAUGAAAUUAUGCUACUACCUAAUAAAAAGAAAGAUGAAGGGACUAGUACAUCUCCUAAUGUUCUUUCUACAUCAACUGAGUCUUACACUACAAUGUUCGUAAACUAUACUUCUAAUUCUGUGUUGGACUUCAACAACAACUUCAAUGACGUUGAGACUUCCAUAACAAAACCUGUUUACAAUUUAUCGUCCAUAACUCCAAAUGAAGAAAUGGAAUUUUCUUAUCAAAAUGAAACGAAAAAUAAAAAUUACCAAACUGAUGCACUAGCACAAAUAAGCAAUAAAGUUUCAGAUAGAGAAUCAAGUACACUUCAGGAAACUGAAACAAAAGAAAUUAAUCUAAUUAGCUCUGAUAACCAUUACAUUGAGACUCUCCAGAAUUCAAAAGGUUUAACAACGGAAUUAUUAUCGAGUCAAAAGCAGUUAAGUGCAAUAAAUUUGGAUCAAUCUUUAACGUCAGCAAUGACCACAUCGUCGUCGUCAUUCCAGAAUUUAGCCCAUUCUACUUUACCGACUAAAGGUAACUCUACCGCCAUAAAAACAAGUUUCAUUAAAAAAACAGAAAACACAAUGAAUAUUUUUGAAAACCAUGGUACAACGAACAUAUUACAAUUAGAAAAAUCCAAGAAAAAAAAUGUAUUUGAUCCUCAGGCAAACGAUGAUUUUAUAACUUACGGUCCACCAUUACAUAAGAAAAAUGAUGGGCUACUCAUCAAUGAUGUUACGAAUAAUAUUUUGGAAACAACACGUACUUUUGACAAUGCAAAUAGUACCAAUAAUUUGUUAAUAGACAAUCAUAGCAUAAAUAUUACAAAAGAAGACAUAAAAACCGCUAUUAAGACACCAACUGCAUUAACAGUUUCCAAAGUUACAGAUAUAAAGGAUUUGCAUAUGAAACAUUUAACAGCAACUUCAAAGCUUAGUGAUAAUGAGUUCUUUGAGACAAGUAGUAACAUAUUUGAGAAUUUAAAAAAACCUUCAAUAGAGACAACGCAUUACGUACCUGUGCAAUUUGAAUCAGCCUACGACACCACAAUAUCGACGAUAGAUAAAUCCAAUUCAGGUGCUAGUCCCAGUUUUGAAACAACGUUUUACAACACCAAAACAGAAACUACUCCUACUAAUGAACUCAACUUAUAUGCCUCCGAAAGUAACGAUUACAAGACAAAUACACCAAGAAUUGAAAAAUUAUCCACUAAGUCCAAUAAUAUUACUGUAAAAGAACAUUCUAAACGUUUAAAAAAAGCAAAAGUUAAAAACAUUUUAAAACGGCCAGUAGCAUUCGAAUUAAAUAUUCGUGUUGGAGUAGAAGCAAGUAAAGACGGAAUAAAGUUUACAGUACUCGGUAGCAACGAAACUGCAAAAAAUUUACUUACCUCACAAAAGCAUCAACAAUCAUCUGCAAAUAAUUCAGACAAAAAAACUACAAAAACUAUGAAAACAAAUAAAAAUAAUAGUAAAGAAGCGACGUUAAAAUCUAAAAUAAAAUUAGAUAAUGAUACACAUAAGUCAAAGAUAUCUUUAAACAACCAAUUAAAAGACAUAGUCUGGAUAAAUAUGCACAGGAAUCGAAAGUCCAAUUAUGACCAAAAUGCUGACCUAACUCGUAUAUCUACUAUUCUUAAUAAGCUAUCAUGGAAUCCGCUACCAACAAUUAACACCAACUACACAGAAAGUAUUAACAAUUUAAGUAUUACACAAAAUGCACAUGUCAUGAAACCUCCCGGAGUCAACCUUACUACAGCAUAUAUAAAUACUACCAUGAAUGAGACGUCUCCUGUAGUAUCUUCUAACGCAACUAGUGGUACGCACGAAAGUAAAAAACCUGAUGCUCUGAGUCAGACGCCAGCAAUUAACAAUAUUAAAAGUAUUUAUAUUAAGUACCUUCAGAAAAUUAAAGACAGCAUGGCCUUUAACAAAGAUAAAAAUAUAACUGCUGCCGACAUUUUAAGUAAAAUGUACGAUGCAAUGAAAAUGCAUCCUAUGGGACAAAUUGAAAUACAAAACCGCUUAAAACUCAACAAAACACAGACAAACAAUACUUUACAUAACAAUGACCACAUUUCAAACUUAAAUACAACCAAAAGAUUUCACAAUAAACAUGAUACCAUUGAUAAAGCAUCAAAAUUAAGAAAGAAGAAAAAGAAAAUUUUAAAAUCAAGGCGUAAAAAAGUGGCGGCUGCACUCACAAAGCUUCUCAAGGGAAAGAAACUGACUAAGAAACAACUACGAAAAUUAACAAAAAAGAUACUGAAGAAGAAUUUUCCUAGAAUUUCUGAUAUAAGAAUGCAUAAUAUGAGCAGUAAAACCAAUAACUCAAUAAGUAAUGAUACUGCCGCCACUAGCAAUAAUGUUACCCUCCUGUCUGGAAAUGUUACUCGAAGUGUAGUAAAUAUCACUUCUUUGUAUUUAAAUAAAGAAAGUAGCAAUAUUAAAAAUUCAUUGACAAACGUUACAAAUUUAACCAAAGGAAAUAUUGCUCUCGAAGAUUAUCGACAAGAAAUUAAGAUAUUAAACAAAACUGGUUUAAACGUUUUAUCAGAGCGAAAAGUGAACAACUCUAUCAGAGAUGAUGUGUCAAAAUUUAAAUCUUCCAAAAUUAAUUCUUCACAUCAAUAUACAUUCCGAGAAAAAGAAAGUUAUAAAGAUUCCAAAGGGAUUGAAAAAAUCUUUCGAACAAACACUACGUUACCUACAAUUGAACAUGAAAAACUACUGAAAGUGACAAAAAAUUACGUAAGUGAGUUUCAAGCUGCUGCAUUUAGGAACAAUUCACAAGAGAAAAUAUCAACAUUCGUUUUAGAUGAUACAAAAUCACCUAGUUAUAAAAGUAUAACGAUGGCAACCAACGAUGGCAAAGAAUCAACCAAUAUUGUCACUGGAAUGUUAACAGUCGACAUCGACACGAUUGAUGAUUUAAUUCACAAACAAAAUGGUUUUAAUCAUUCAACUGUUGCGUACAAUGAUGACAAUUUUAUUGCAAAAGACCAAAAACCUACUGAAGAUAUUCAUAAUGGAUUCUCUGAAUACACUGCUCCCAUACCUGCUGGGCAAAAAAGCACUUCAGAGACGACAAUUUCAAAUAAAACUGACUACUUAAAUAAAUUUCCUGUUCAUAAUUUUGAAUUAAGAACUGAAAUAGAACUACAUGAAAAUGUACAUCAAAAUUAUACAACAACUAAACUGCAGUUAGAUAAAAAUUUGGCAAUAGCGGAAAAUGAAUCUAUUGACAAAGCAAAUCCAUCAGUUUUGGAUGAAAUUUCUGAAAUUAAAGAAAUUGGUUGUAAUUUAACUACAAAUGCUACUACCGACGAAUUCUUACGAUAUAAAUGUAGCAAUGUAAAUAUAUCAACAUUACAAGCAAUGAAUAAAAUUUUAAUUACUUCUCCAACUACAGACACCUAUAAACCAACAACAGUAAGCGCUGAAGAUAUUUCACAGCAAUAUGUUUUAAGGACUAAUUCACCUGAAAAAUCUACGAAUCAAAUAUAUAGGAAGAAAAAUUAUUUUUCAAAUAAUGAAAGUUUUAUGAUGAUAAGCACUGAUUUAAAAGAUCGGAACGUAAUUAAUACAACAGACACAAGUAAUACUGAAGAUCAUAGAAGUAUUACGGAAAAAGUAAUAACUACACAAGAAGCUGUUAGUGACACUACGAAAAUUACGCUUAGUAAUCAAUACAAUGAAGAUAAUUCGGUGAACUUAAGAAAAUAUUUGACUACUGAGGGUAAACAGAAUACCAGUACGUCAAAAAUUGUGGAAGUUAAUGCUACCCGUAAACAAACAAUAAAGAGCGAGGAAAAGUCAAUGCAAUUAAAAAGCAUGAAUUUCAAAACCAACACGGAAUCUUUAAAAUCAACUGGAAAAACGAGUCGUGAUAAUAAUGUUUUAUAUGGCACAGUUAGUAUUAAAGAAUUGAGAACAAAAACAAAAUUAAAUAAAAUUAACGAGGUAUCCACAAUACCGUAUUCUAAAGCAUUAUAUAUAGUCAACGACGAAAAUAAAAAAGAGUUAAAUUCGAAGAAAGUAACAGAUGCUUUUAUCAAAAGAAAUUCGUCAUCAAAUAAAUCAAAAGUAAUGUCACCUCUUUCAUAUUCAACCAAUAAGUUGAUCACAUUAAAACCAUUCACAACAAAAGAAGAUAGAGUAAAUGAACACAGAAGUUCCGUUCAUGAGAACGAAGAAACAACUACGUACUCUCCUCUAGUCCAAGACGUUAUAAAUGUGCCACAUAUAGUAAAAGGCCAAUUAGAAACGACAACUAUAAAAAUUCGUGGAAAAAUAUUUUCUGAUAACAAAGAAUUUGUAAGUAAGAUCUAUACACGACAUCCACCUCCUACUAAAACUACAUUUCAUAAAAUAUUACACGUCCCUGAUGACCUAACCAAACAACUGCGGAAUGGUGAUAAUCACAGUAAAAUUGUAGCUUCAACUGAGCAUGAUCUAAUCUUAGAGAAAGAACAUCAUCCAACGGUAGACGUUAAUACAAAUAUACGAAUUGAAAUAAAUGGUGCUCAGAAGAAAAACAGAACUUUUCAAGUAUAUCGUGAAACAUAUUCACCUUUAUAUGUAAAUAAGGAAACAGAACAUCCUGUUACACCUCAACUAAAAUCAAUAUCUUAUGUGUUAGAUCAAAACCAAAGACAAACCGUUUUGAAUAGAACUAAUGAUGAUAAAUACUCAAUAAAGAACCUUGCUUCUACGGAUACUUAUAACCUGAGCAAUCUUCUGACUUCAAAUAGCACUAGUAAAACGACCAAUAUUAUGGAACGAAAUCACAAAACUACGGCAUAUAUCGAACGUUAUGUCAUUGGAGAUACCACACUGAAAUACAAAGAAUUUGAAAAACCAUUUAAUCCAGAGCAUGGUAGUCUUAAAACGACAACUCCUUAUAAACAUAACAAAUUACAAAAAAGGUUCCAGGUUAAAAGCAAUAACAAUAAAUUGCGACCUUUUGAUGUAGUUAAUAAUAAUGUGAAAAACAUUUCGCUAAAUCAAACAAAUCUAACAAAUGAGAAAGUAACAAUAAUGAAACUAUACAACAGCACAGGGCAUGACGUAAAAUAUAAUGAUAACCAACAUUAUCCCGUACCAUUUAGCGAAAUAAGAUUUAGAUCAGAACAAACCAAUCAUAAUGAUACGUUAAGAAUUGGAAACAGAAACAAUAAUAAAAACAAUAAUGGUAGACUAAGCCCGAGCAUGAAUUUUGAACCAACCAAAGGUAUAAAGGAGGCCAAUAUACAGAUAUACAGCUCACACCUCCAAACACCAAGGAUAUCAGUAACAACAUCAACACCGACUACAAAAAUGAUCAAAUACAACACUUAUCGACCAACCACGAAAGAAGAUUUAGAACUUCUCAAAUACCAAGACGGUAUAACAAUAGUCAAGACUCCCGUAAACAAUCCCAGUAAUAAAGUGAACACUCAAGAACCCUCAUUAAAUAACUCUUGCGCAAUAUUAAAGAAUAUCAGUGAUAAGUUCAGUUCUAAAACAGAAUUUAUAAAAAUUUUGGAAGCAGCAAAUUGUACACAACCCCGGCGAUUGAGUUUUACCGAAAACAAUCAUAUGGCUGAAGAAAGAAAUAAAAAUACUCUCCAGCCAAUAGAAAUAAUAAAAAUCCCACAUUCUGCAGAAAUUGAUAAUAAUCACCAUCCUAUUCUUGAAAUUAAUAUAAAUUCACCUCAAAUAGGUACAAAUGGUGGCUCACCACCUAUGAUUGAGAUCAAUGGAAAUCCUCUUCCAAUGGAAAUUCACGGGCAUUCGUUGCCAUUAGAUGGUCUAGGAAGUUCUCCUCAAGCAAACAAUUACGCUUCAAAUUUAGCCUCAAUAAAUCAGAAUGUGCCAUUUGAAAACGGACCUCAUACGAUUGUGGAUCCCAUGCAGACGAUUCAAGACCCAACGCCACAAAACAUUUAUAGAAAUUCACCUGGUUUAGAAAUUGAUAAAAAUUCUUUGCCAAGACUAAUACAUACUUAUUCAAAGGAAAAUAAUGGAAACACGUUGAUGAUGGAAAAGUCAGAGUCACCACAGAAUAUUGGAAACUUGCAACCAAUGAUAAACGACAAAACUAUGAUUACUUCGUCUACUUCGGAAUUACAACAAAACAGCACCAAUAGGCAGACUUCGCCAGUAUUUUCAUCAGUUCACAAGUAUUUCCCAGAGUCAUUAAAUGAUCCGUCAUUCGUAUCAACUAAUAUCGAGAAUUCAGAUGCAAUCAGUGAAAAUGAGAGAUAUUUUAUUCCCAUGGCAAAUAAUAACUUCAAUUCACCAUUACAGCCAACAUAUACAGAAGGAGAUUCACCCACAAUUGUCGAAAAUAACUGGAGCCCUACCAUAGUUUCUAAAAUUAACAAAAAUACGCUAUCUAUGAUAAACACAAAUAUUAAUUCUCAAACAGUGGUUGAUAAUAACAGGAACUCACCCACCAACGCUAUCAACGGUAAUUUGCCGGCGGCACAAGUAACGAAUAAUGGUAAUUCAAUUAGUAAUAAAUCUUCAGUGACUCCUGGUUUAGAUAAAGCACCAUCAAUGGUGGAUUACAAUAAAAAUAGUUUACCACAAAAUAAUCCUGACCUUCAAUUUAUUGAAAACAUUAGAAAAUCGCAGUCCGUUUUUGAUACAAAACUGAACUCCGAAAUAUUAGUCAACAAAAACCGCAACUCGGUACAACCGCAAAACAGAAUUAAGACACCGAAAACAACCGAUAUUUACUGGAAUUCCCGUGUAAAGAACAAAGAUAAACAAACAACUGCCAUCAAUGCCAUCAGUACCCAGAUUAUGCCCACUUUAACUGAUAAGAACAGGAGCUCGCCUCUGUUUGAUGACAAGAAUUUGUUCACUUUCAUUUACAAAAAUAAAAAACCAUCUCCUGUAGACUCAAGAAAGGAUAAACCACCAACUAGAACUACUAAAAACAACAACAAACAUCCACGACCACUUUUAAACCUUUACGAAAAUGCUCGUAAAGUAAUAAAUAAAAAGUUAGUAAGAAACCGAGAGGAUCGUGUAAUAAGUCAUCCAAUGAUAGAAACAAAUGUUAUAUCAAUGCCGAUCUUAGACACAAGAAGAUCCGCUUCCGCCGCAGCGCCAGCCAACAUGCCUUUUGUCAGUCUUCACAAUGUAAAGAAGUCCCUGCCGAUAUCCAGGAAUGACAGAAAGGGGCAUCCGACAUCAGAAAUCAAUAGAAAUUCACACUUAACAGGAGGUUUACAAAAGAAUAAACCUAAGUUUGGAUCACUUUUAGAUCCAUUUGGGAGGAAAAAUCCAUAUCCUCUAAAGCUGUUGCCCGUCAAAAGUCUCAAAACGCCAAUGAAGCGGGUGAGAUUGGGCAAUCGAAGGAUGCCGGUGAUGACGAUGAAUACACAAGAUUUCUUCUCACAACAUCGGUAUGUGACAGCGAAACCACCACCACUGAUAUUUAAAGCUCUGAAAUCAGGUCCUGAUUUCUCCUUAUUACGACCUGUAUUCAGAAACAUCGACAAAUCAUCUACAAGAUUUGAUCGUAGACGUAUACCGGUACACUUAAAACCAAAAGAUUACGUAGUGCAGCCUGUUGACGACGACGAGAGAUGGUACAAGAAAGAGCCAGCAGAGCAAAGAGUUAAGCAGGCUGAAGGGUUGACUACGAAAGUAAAAGAAAAUAACAACAUGCCGUCUGUCCGGCGACCAACGGUGAGGCCAAGUUUCUUGAAAAACCGAGUAAAGUCAAUAAAGAAACGCUUGUUUACUGGCGACUACCACAGAGUGACGAGACAGCCUGCAUACGAUGAAGUGCUCGACGAGCCUGAAGAACCAGAAAAAGACAACUACAGCCCCGCUCCCUUCUAUCACCGGAGAGACCACAAUGACCAGGUGACGGACUGGUGGUUAGACGACAUGUACCUGAAGGUGCGUUUGCCGCUGCCCAUCAACUCUAACCCUGGCAUGGUGUUCCCUCGCCGUCACUUCGCCAAGAUGGAGGAGGUGGCCGACUUGGGCGCACUGUUCAUCGAUGACCUUCUGGAUUAUAAGGAGAUGCUGGACAGAGGUGAACUUCCCCUGGAGCGAGCCACCAGCCGUGAGAAAGGUCAGCCGCUGUGCAUGGAGCAGUUCUAUCGACUACUGGGGGUGUGCCGCAUCCCAGAGGUGGGCAAGGAUAGGCUGGAGCUGCCACCCGUCAGGCAGGGCUCUGAAGAGUCAGAGGAACUCAUCGUGGUGGCCUGCAGGAACUACUUCUACCCCAUCCCGGUGAAAGCAGCAGACCGUGGAAGACUGACUCCUGGUGAGAUACAGGCUCAGCUGCUACAUGCCAUGGUAGACGCUGCUGGGGCACCACCAGCGCCAAGGGUGGGACUCCUCACAUCCAUGAAUAGAGACCAGUGGGCGAAGGCCAGGGAACAGCUUAUAAGAGAUGAGAUGAACCGUAUGAACUUAGAACUGAUCUCCCGUGCACUAUGCAUCCUGUGCCUCGACGAGGCGGGUGGAGACAGGGCAGACACUGAUGCGGACACCAACGCCAUGCUACGUGCCAUGCACGGAGCCGGCACCAGACAUCACUCCGCCAACCGAUGGUUCGACAAAACUGUGCAGUUAAUAAUAUCGUCAGAUGGCACAAUAGGCAUGUGCUAUGAGCACAGCGCGGCGGAGGGGGUGGCAGUGGUGCGUCUGGCAGAACGAGCGUUGGCUAGAGCAGAGGUGGCAGACAGACCUGCUCCUCCGCCAGCACUCCUGCCAGCUCCUCAGGCCAUGAAAUGGAACGUACCACCCGAUGUACAGAGGACCAUUGAGACAGCUGCUAGAGAUCUUGAUCGUGCCAUCUCGGACCUGGACCACAAGGUGUACACAUACCGCGGCUACGGGCGCGAGUUUAUGAAGUCGUGCCGCACCAGUCCUGACGUCUACAUCCAGCUCGCGCUGCAGUAUGCUUACUACAAGAUGUACGGCUACCUCGUCACCACUUACGAGUCGGCGUCACUGCGUCGGUUCCGCAACGGUCGCGUGGACAACAUCAGGUCAGCUCACGGCGCCGCGUUGGCCUGGGCAGCCGCCAUGUGCACUGCGGAGACACCACCACUCAACGACGGCAGUGAUGAAGGACAGAAGAAGGUUUCUUUUAACUUGUAUGGAGAACAAAAGAAGCUUGAACUGUUUGAAGAAGCGGCUCGCAAGCAGACGUCUAUAAUGGAGGCUAACAUCCUAGGCAAAGGUAUAGACAACCACCUGCUUGGACUGAGAGAAGCGGCGCGGGAGUCACUGGGUGAGCUGCCGCCGGUCUUCUGCGAUACUACCUACAAACAGAUGAUCGAGUUCAAGCUCAGCACCAGUCAGGUGGCGACCACGACAGAUGGCACAUUCAUGGGCUACGGAGCAGUCUGCCCCGACGGGUACGGCUGCAGCUACAACCCAAAGAAAGACAGCAUCAUCUUCUGUAUAUCCUCGUUCACAUCAUCCAGCGUCACCAACACAGAGGCCUUCAGGCAAUCCUUGGAGGAGGCUCUUGACUCCAUGAAGCUCAUGUUCCAAGCUCGGAAGGUGGACAAUUAA